AUGUCGGCUAAUUACAUUAUGUGGAAGAAGUUCAUACUCUAUGGUGGAGGAAUAGUGGGAUCUGGUGUUCUCCUCUACAAGUUCACCACGCCGACUGAAGAGCAGCUGAUAGCCAGACUAUCACCAGAACUGAGGGCCGAGUACGAGAACAACAGACAGUUCAGGCAACAAGAACAGCAAGAGCUGAUGAAAAUUGUCCAGGAGACCGCUGCUUCCAGUGAGCCUAUCUGGAAGACUGGAUCCAUCGUCUCUCCAUGGGACAGAGACCCUGCUACCCAGGGCUUACCUAAAGGAACGGAACUAUUGGUCAAAAAACAGACUUUUGAAAAGGGGAUUGCUACUGCUCGCCAGCUAAGCGAGAUUGAAGCGUUGAAGCAGGAAGAAGAGAGAAUGGCGCAGGCAAGCCAGGAGAAGUCGAAAUGGGCGUUUUGGAAGAGGUGA